AAUGAGGGCCACUCAGCCUUUACUGUGCAGAGCUGUAUCGUCUAUACGUCCCUUGACUCGCACAACAUGGAUGGCCAAACGGAGAAGCAUCUCCAUAAGUCCACCUCCGUGGCGGCCCGCUUCCGUCUUGGACAAAACGAGAAGCGAGACCCAUCAGUCUACGCCAGCUCACAUUCUUCGGGCGACUUCUUACCGACACUCGAUUACUUGGAUCAGCCAACUAUGAUUGCACAUCGACUUCGCGACAUGCAAACAUUACCAUAUGCAGCUCUCGUCAACCCGCAUAUUUCUCAUGUCUACGAACUAUACUACGCUGCCUUUGAAAAGCUACGGAAGGUCCCUGAGAUCAACACGUUAGACGACAACGACAGAUUCUGCGAUGUCGUCCGAGAACAACUCAGAGACCACUUGAGCGUCAUCCCNCGACUCGCCAUGGGCGUCCUCGAAAUCUCCGAAGCAAUACCCAGCGAACAAUGCGACAAACUCGUAAACUCGUUACUAAGAUCGAGAAUCAGCCGACGAGUCAUUGCGGAACAACACUGUGCAUUGACAAAAGCAUUCCACUCUCCAGAUCACCUUCCCCCCGCCGCGAAACUGCACCCAGAACACGGUGACGAUUUUGUAGGCGAAAUCUUCNNCCUCCGCUGCAACGCCAAAGAAAUCGUCCAAGAAUGCGCAAACACGAUAGCAAAUCUUGCAAAACAGGCUUAUGGCUCGGAAGUGGCCCUCCCUGAAGUCAUUAUCGAAGGUGCCGAAGACAUUUUCUUUCCCUACAUUCCCAGCCACCUCGAAUACAUUAUUGGCGAGCUUCUACGCAACUCCUUCCAAGCGACUGUGGAAAGACAUGGCGCAACACCUCCUCCUAUCGAAGUCUUGAUAUGCGAAGCCGCUCAACACGUCAUCAUCCGCGUCUCUGACCAAGGCGGCGGCAUCUCACGCCAAAACCUCCCUGCCCUCUGGUCCUUCAGCAAAGGCCCCGAACGCAACCGGCGCCUCCGCAACCUCGAAAAAGUUCCCGCACUAGCAGCCACACUCCAAGACCUCAAAGUGCCUUCUGCAGACUCGUCCGCCAAACACGACGCCAAGCAAACCCGCUUUGAUCACAGUCUAGGCUCGCUGAGUGAAAGACAUCCUGAUUUGCGGUUGGGGAUUGGUCUGCCCAUGAGUCGUAUUUUUGCAGAGUAUUGGGCUGGCAGCCUUGAAGUCCAUAAUUUGGAGGGAUAUGGUGUGGAUGCNUUUUUGCAGAUCAGUAAGCUGGGAAACAAGAAUGAGACGCUGAGUACCAGAACGAGUAUGGAUGCUCUGUAG